AUGCCAAUUUCGCUUCUAUUGGGCUUAAACCAAUAUCUUAGAUUGUUUCUUACAUUUUUUACAGAUUACACAAUUAUCAAUUACUUCUUUUGGUGUUCAUUUAACGUCUUUACAGGCAUAGAACUGUUUGAUAUUAUAUUGGGUCGUCGUUAUACCUGUAUGGCAUCCAUAUUGGUGUAUAAAUUAAAUAAAGUCUUGUGUUUUGGUCCCUUCGAUUUUAACUCGGUUGAAUGUAUCUCUUUUCUAGUUUUUGGUUUGGUCGUCAAAAUCGGCAUCUUCUUUUAUUUUUCCGUAAAACUUUUUAUUCUUAACAUAAUUUUUUUUUCUUUUCUUGUAUCGUUAGUUUUUCGUCUUCUAUAA